AUGCCUAAGGAGAAGGGUGGUUUGGGUCUGCGGGGCUUGGAGAUUUGGAAUAAGGCUGCCAUGUCAAAGCAUCUUUGGUCCCUUUGUUCCGAUUUUGCCUCCUCUCUUUGGGUUUCGUGGACACGUUGUUAUUUACUUAGAGGACGGAGCAUUUGGGAAUUGAAGUGUCCUGGGGAUUGUUCUUGGAGUUGGAGGAAAAUUCUUGGAUUCCGGGAUAUAGGGAGGGACAAAAUGAAAAUCAGAAUUGGGAAUGGUAGACGUGCCUCGCUUUGGUAUGAUAAUUGGCAUCCUCUUGGCCCUUUAGAAAAGAUUCUUGGAGAGAGGAUCAUUCGUGAAUCCAAAUUGAGUAGACUAGCUAAAGUGGCUGAUAUUAUGGAGGGUGAUACUUGGAGAUGGCCAUCAGUUCGCUCCCUAGCUUUGUCUGAUUUGAUGCGAGAUACGCUUAAUACUUUUCGGCCGGACAGUAAUAGAGAGGAUGUAUUAUAUGCAUUUAUCCUUUGGUUAGCAAUUCAAGGUGGCAUCUAUACACAUACAAAGCUUCUUAGGUUUGUGGAGGAUCUGGAUCAUCUUUUCUUUGCUUGCCCAUUUUCUGAGCGUGUUUGGAAUGCUCUGCAUGCGAAGUGUAACUUGCCUUGGGUCCAAUGGAGUUGGCUAGAAAUUCUUUCUUGGAUGGAACAAUUUCGAGGGAGGUCAAUGUCCUCCAUUGUUAUUAGGUUAAUGUUUGCGGCUUCGGAACUUGGUUUCAUCUAA